UUGACACUGCAGACAAACCUUUCAACAAAACAGACCUGAUAGCAGGAAACUUCCAGGCACGUAGGACACACGAGCUACCCAUUCAGAUACUCGCUCCGCGGUCUGAUAUUGACACUGCAGACAGACCUUUCAACAAAACAGACCUGAUAACAGGAAACUUCCAGACAGGCAGAAAGAUGAGUGACAGCGAAAAGGAAGCAGAGAAGUCUCUUAAAGACCUUCGAGCACAAUUGCAAAGCAUGCCAGUCGACAUGCGAAUUUUCUCCAUGUGCAUGAGAGCCCUUUACUCAGACCAGGCUGUUGGCACCGAUACCGAUCCUGCUAGAGAGUUCAGGAAACUCCGCGACGACACCAGAAACGACGCAAUGGUGUACCUAAAAGGUGUCCUCCCCCUUUCAACCAAGUUUGUUGCAUGUAUCAGCGAGUACUUUGAGUAUUAUGAAGCCCUUGAUUACGAAGAAUGGUGUGAGAUGCUAUCUGACAUCCUUGCAGAGACCACUGGCUACAGGGAGCAGUGCGAAAUCCUCCUGCAGAUGCACGAAGACAUCUUGGUGCCGCUCAAAGCUAGAGAAGACCAGGCCCGCGUAAUUGUAAACGAAUUCACAGACCUUCAACAGGAAUUUGAAAAGAAGAAGAAAGAACUGGAAGAAAAUGCAAAAACAAAACGCGCCUGGGCGAUUGGACUUGCAUUUGUGCCAUUUGUAAACGUGGUCGCCACCCCUGCAUUGAAUGCCGCUGCUGAAUCAGAUUUGGCAGAUGCAGUUGCUAAAGGCUGCGAAGCGAAAGUUCAAGAAGCUGCCGCAAUUACAGUCACCAACACCCUGAUCCCUGCCUUGAAGGGCCUCAUAAGUGGUAUCUCUAAAGCAGCUGGUUUCUUCUCCGUAAUGGAACAGGAGCUAAAAAGGUUGGAAAGAAAAGCUGAAAAAAGCAAGAGCGACCCCAAGAGGCUGUACUAUUUAGUUAUGAAGGCACAAGCAAGAGACAUGAAGAGCCUCUGCCAAUGCUUCUACGCGGUUAUACCAGACGUCAGGACCGACUUCCUUGCCAUUCCAACCGCGGGAACAGACCAGAACUACAUCGACAAGUGGCUGGAAAAGCAGAAGGAAACAAUCAAAACAAAAUGCUCAGUUCGAAAGCUAGCGAGCAAGCUGCUUUUAGCCAUCACAGGCCCAGGUGAGAGUGAGUGAGGAGUAGAAAGAGCAAGACAUCUUAAUGGAAGCAAUGUAAUUGUUUUUUUUUUUAAUCAGGUUUUUUAUUCAUUUUUUAUUAGAGUAAGUAUAGUGUUAUAAAGUAGUACAAUCAAUUUUUUAGCUGAAAUUUUCAUGGGCUUUGUAGCAUUACAUGCGAAUGUAGCGUUCAGUUCCAGCUAAAACGUGAAUGAUUUGGCUUCAGGAUUAAGAUAGUUUUUUUUUUUUGAUUUCAUAUUGUUCCUUUGGACGGCAAGAAAAUGCAAAACGCUCCUGAAGAGCUGUUGACCCACUCGUUAAAACUGUAAUUGCCUCUUUCCCGUUCUUAGUGCUGUAGCCGUUAUAUUUUUGCAUCGAUUCCCAUCAGCGACUAGAAGAAGACUACUACUGAGGUUUAGUUGACUGGAAUGAUCUUGUUUUUAACGUUUUGAUGACAACGACAUUCAUGAAAAAUCUGUCUCUAGCACUUACGGCAUUAGGGAGUUUAAGAUCCACCUUUGGCGUGUUAACUGCAAACCUCAAACCGCGGUUAGUGGCUUGAGGCUUUCACCUGGAAAAACAAAAAAGAAAAGAAAAAAAAAAAGGAUGUGCGCCGCCAUCUUGAACAGGAUGGAAAUUCUUCAUUUAAAACACACAAUGUGGCUAAAAAUUUGGAUUUCUAGCGUCCCAAACAGUUUGGCUGAGAAGGAAAAACCCUGCCUCAAAUAUAUUUACAGGAAAUACGUGAGAACUUUCGAACAGGGGAGAGAAAAGCGCUGAGGGAUUUGACCAACCUGAAACUGCCUCGCCAUACGUUCAAACGGCAAAGAUGGCCAUUGGAGUCUGGUCACGUGACUCGUGACUUUCAUACGUAUUUAGAAAUAAACGUGGGUCUUAAAUUCUCUACUAGCUUCGUUGUGGUCGGGAAAACAUGUAAGCCAUCUCACAACUGCUUAGGCUCACUGACUAAUCUGCUAUAAGAAUUCAACUGGUGAUAAAGCUCCUCGAUUGAAGUUUUAUUUCUGAUAAGUUUUUAAUAACUGACAGCUUUGCAAUCGAAUUGAUCUAAUUGGUGGUUAAAUAAAGAAAGGUAUGAAAGGGAGAGGCCCCGAAGCGAAGAUAAUUUAGACUUAGGAACAAAAUCACUGCUAGGGAGGUAAACUUGCGGUUUUAAAGGCGGGUUUCUUUUUUAUUAACGUUAGCAUUGGAAACUCAGCAUUAUGUGUUAAAAAAAUGGUACUGUCAUUAUUACUCUAAACGAGGUUUGUCUGGCUAUCGCCAUAUACUUAGACUUCAGUUCAAAGAAAAGUAGCAUGAAUUAAUUUGGAUGAAAUUUUAAAGGUUUUUCUUAGAAUUUUUUUCUGUAGGAGUUUUACUACUUUUAUCUAAUCAUCAAAGAAAUUCAAGUAACCCAGCAAUAUAGUGUGAAAUGUAAUCAGACCAAGGGUUCGUGCAAAGGCUUGUACCCGAUUAAGCUUCAAAUAAAGACUUCCAAGAUGUUCCACAGAA